CACACACACACACAUACACACAGUCUAUACAUACUCCCGAGCUCCAUUACUCCAUCAACAUCCCUCUCCCCCCACUCUCUCAACAAUAUGGCUUCCACCGUCCGCGCACAAGCCAUACUAUUACUCGCCGUGUUGUCACUAGCCACCGCCGCAACUUCCCUCAGUAUAUGCAACAUGAGCACCGAUGAUCUCGCCGAAUGCCGGCCGGCGGUGAGCGGGCCGAGCCCGAGCGAGCCCUCUACGGCUUGCUGUUCAGUAUUAGAAAAGGCCGACCUUCCCUGUCUCUGCACCUACCGUAGCUCGCCACUGCUACCCUCAUUCGGCAUUGACCCCAACCUUGCCUUGCAACUCCCACGCAAGUGUAGCCUCUCUCCGCCUGCCGAUUGCUAACUCAUUAGUCAUCCCGUCGCCGCCGCCGCCGCCUGCCCUCCGGCUCGGCAUAUCUUCUCAGUCAAUCUCUCUGUAUGGCUUCCGAUGUGUUUUUGUAUGUGUUUUAGUACUGCUUGUGUAUGUGCGUGUUAUGU